CUAUACUUUCAGGGAUCAUUUCUAUAGUGUCUAACUAGAGAAGUGCACUCGAAAGUGAUCGGUCGAGCGAACCACGAGGAGGAGUCAAAGCGUCCUCUUCUGAGCGCGAAGCGAGUGGGCAGUGUUGCCUAGUGCGGCUGCUGUCUGCUAUUGAUGACCGUUCUGGCUCCCUUUUCGAAGGGAGUUGGAGGGAGAGGACGCAGACUGAGUGGUUCGCAAACUCUUUUUAUGCAUGGUUGAAAAACAGAUUAUACUUUAUUUUUGUUUAUUUAAUUACGGUCAGCAAGAAACUUCUGUUUGCUGUUCUACUUCAGCUCUGAGGCCUCGUUGCUUUUAUAUUCAGCCCCUUGGGUAAUCAAGUCGGAAUGAUCGGGGAGAACUCCAGCUUUUCAUCAGUGCUUGGAAGAAUGGCCCAUAUCCCCCCUGUUCCCUGCCCAGUCAAGCUGGGAAGCUUAAGAAAUGAGUCCCCAGAUGCUCAGCUCCAUCAACACGUCAAGGAAGGCAACUUUAUCAAAGUGAAAAAGCUUCUUAAAAAGGGAGUCUCCGUUCACACCAUUAACUCCUUAGGACAGACUCCUUUAUUUACAGCAGCCUUACUCGGUAAUGGGAAAAUUGUCGAUAUUCUUCUGGACUAUGGUUCGGAUCCGAAUCACCGCUGUUACGAUGGGAGCACUCCAGUCCAUGCAGCUGCUUUCUCCGGCAACCAGGUGAUUCUCAGUAAAUUGCUGGAGGCAGGUGGAGACCUGCGCGUCCACGACAGGAAUGGGAGGAACCCGCAGAACUGGGCUCUGACCGCUGGGACAGAAAGCAGCGCCCAGAUGCUUGAGUUUAUCCAGCGCUGUACAAUGCACAUGCAGUCCGCCCUUCAGAAUUACUCUGUGGACCAGCUCAGGAAGGUGGGCUCCCCCAGAGACCUGGUCUGUAACCCUUCCAAGCUUGGGGGCAUUACACAGGGGACAGCCGACAGCCCCCUGGGAAGGUUCCUGAAGCGCAGAGGCAGCAUGUCCCAAAACAUUUUCAGCUUUGGGUUUGGCAAGUUUUAUCUCACAAGCAGCAGGCAGCUGGGUUAUCUGUCUUCACUCCCGAUCAUUGCAGAUAAAGAGGUGGUUCAGGCGGAUGACGAGCCAACCUUCUCCUUUCCUGCUGGACCCUAUAUGAUCAUGACCAAUUUGAUGUGGGGCGGGAGCCGCAUCACGGUGAAGGAGCUCAACAUGAAGCCCCACCCGCACUGCAGCAAGCUGCGCCUCGGGGACCUGCUCCUGGCGGAACAGGAGUACAGCAGCAAGCUUCGCCACCCCCACCUGCUGCAGCUGAUGGCCGUGUGCAUGUCGCCCGACCUGGAGAGAACGCGCCUCAUCUUUGAGAGGGUCGCCUUCGGGACGCUGUACAGCAUCCUGCACGAGCGGCGUUCCGAGUUCCCCGUCGUGCACAUGGAGACGAUCGUGCACUUGCUGCUGCAGGUGAACGACGCCGUGCGGUUCCUGCACUCGCGGGGCUACGUCCACCGCACGCUCAGCUCCUACGCCGUGGUGGUUGUCCUGGCCGGGGAGGCCAAGCUUACCAACCUGGAAUACAUGGUCGAAAGCCAGGACGGGGGGGAGCACAGCGACCUGACCCGGGUGCCCAUCCCUCCCCAGCUGUAUAAGUGGUGUGCUCCAGAAGUGAUCCUCGAGCGAACCGCAACCGCCAGGUCGGACAUCUACAGUUUCUGCGUGGUGAUGCAGGAGGCAUUCACAGACACCGUUCCCUGGGACGGACUUGACGGCUCGGCGGUCCGGGACCUCCUCAUUGCCGGGCAGUGCUUGGAAGCCGACGCCCGAGUCCCCAAGCCCUACUACGGCCUCGUGAAGAUCGGCCUGGAGUCCAGGCCGAAGCAGCGCGCCCUCAGUCUGCAGGAUAUCCGCUACAUCCUGAAGAGCGACUUCAAGGAUCUGAUGGAGUCCCGCAGGAGCCGUCCCGGUGAGCGUCCUGGGCCUCCCAGGCCAGAAGCCCGCCCCGACAUUAACAUCUGCCUGCCAUCCGCCUCGGCCUUCUCGGCCAAGAUGCCAGAACUGCAGGGAGAAGUCGCCCGCGUUGCCAGGAGUUCCGUGGCGCCAAGCUGUGCCGUUUCCGUUCCCGAGAGCGAAGCCGCCGUGGCCCACGAGGCUGAGCCGGAGGUCCGCCUGGCCCAGUCGAGCCCAGCCCUGGAGGCGGCCGGCAGCGCCCAGGACGCCAGCGACAUGGAUGAGAGCCUCAGCAGCUUCGAGAUCAACGAGAUCUACUCGUGCUAUCCAGAGCUGUGUGGGGAGAGCGGCGGGGAGCGGUCGGCAGGGCCGAGCCCGGAAGCCCCGAAGCUGCUGUGCAUUUCCUCAGGCGAGAGGGCCGAGCGGGCCGAAGCCUGGUCGCUGCACUUUGUGGAAAUCCAGAGCCGGCGGACGAGCUGCAGCGAGGAGGGCAGCGCCGAGGCCGGAGGCGGCCGGGAGGAGCCGAGCGACGUGUCCGAGGCUUCCCCACCGCGCCGGGCAGCCCGGUGCGCCAGCAGCGGGCCCUGGCUCCGUCAUCCCCCCUUCGAGCAGAAGUUUGCCAAGUGUGUCCUGGAUCUGAAGUUCUGCCAGACAAUGGUACGCGACCUAACGGCCAGUUUUGGCAGGACGGAGAGGGAACUGCAUCAGGCGACGGCCUGCCGAAGGCAGCCCCCACCGCGCCCGGGGGGCCAGGGCGAGCAGGACAGCAUCGCGGACGCCCUCCGGAGCCACGCAGCGCAGGUGGACGCUGCCCUGCGGAACUUCACGGUGCCCUACAGCGGAGACAGGGCGUUCCUCUGGAAGCCGGUUAGCCCUCCGACGAGGAACUAUAUCCCCCUACCGCUGCGCGUCCCGGGCACGGACCGGCCCCUGGAUGUGUUCUCCAUCCGAGCCAUUGAGGGCGAAGGGCCGGGCGAGGACAGGAGCCAGGACACCACCCGCUGGAGCAGUCCUCCCUCGAAAGUGGCUUGGAGCUGUGGGGAGAGAGGAGAAGGAGCAGAACCGAGCUACCAGGCAGGAGCAAGGGUCCCCCCCAUAAUGCUUGCAAAGCAGAUGGCCCACUGCAAGGACCGUGCUGGGCACCUGCUGCUCCGGCGCAGCGCAGCUGAUGCCGUACUGAGCGUGACGGGCCCUGCGGCGUUCUUGCCGCAGCAGGCUCGUGCCUGCAGAUCGCUGCUCUGA